AUGGCGGAAAUCUUAGACAUUCAGAAACCAAUCAUCUUUGAUGAAUCAAUUUCUCACUAUGAGAUUUAUUCACAUCAACCUUAUGCAUCAUCAACAUUUAACAAUAGUGAUGAAAUUAGAAUCAGUAUUCAACAUCAAGACUUAUGCAUCCUACCAAGCAAAAGUUCUCUGCACAUUUGUGGAAGAUAUGUAAAAGAAGAUGAAAUACGCUAUGAAUUAAAUGCUGUUGAAAUUGAUAGAUGUAAAAAUGUCGGUCUUACAAGUAUCAUGAAAAAUUGUAUAUCUUUGAGUCCUGGGCAACUCAAUUUAAUGGAGAAUGCUGGAUGGUUGAUCAGUAAUGACAGUAAAUUAACUAAUGACAUUGGAUAUUUCAACAUUCCUAUACCACUAAGUUACAUACUUGGAUUUGCUGAAGAUUAUAAUCGUAUUAUCAUAAAUGCUAAACAUGAAUUGAUUCUUAUAAGAUCAAAUUCUGAUGUUAAUACAUAUAUACAUACACCUCCUGCUGCUGAUGAUAACGCUGAAAUAGUGAAAGUUCUUCUCAAUAAGUUUUUGAUCACGUUCGUCGACCAAAAUCUGUCUAAACAUCUUCGUGAUAUCUGUUAUCAAGAUGAGCUUAUGAGUGCUAACUCCUAUGAGUACGGUGAAGGUGUCUAG